AUUGUAAAUGAGGCAGGGCUAAGGGUCCAGUCAUAUCUGAAGGAAAAAGACUUAAAUACACCAAUCUUCAGACUUCAUUCCAGACUGUUAAUGGAGUAGCAGAACAACAUGGAAGACCUGAGGAAUAGGGGCCAAAAGAGAGAGGGGAGGCACAGGGACACAUGGGAUCCCUUUCAACUAAAUCCUAUUGGAGCUGAGAAAGAAAAGAAGAAAACAUGUUUGAUAUUAAUGCAGCACUUCAUGGCAGUGGUUGUAGGCAUAUUGGUCUUGACCAGUGCCGUCAUCAGCAAGGGUUCUCUCCUAACACUGGCCACACUUUCCAGUCCAAAAUCCCUGAGGAGUUCUACAGAUAGGCAAUUCUACACGCUACUGCUGAUGUGUGCCCUGGUAACACCCAACCUGCUGGUGUUCCUCAAGUGUCUGUGGAAAUGUGCCUUCAAAAGCUUUGUUCCACCCACCAUGAAAACCAUGGGGAUUAUUUCAGGGAUUGAGAUCCUUGUGGCACUGGGGACCUCAAUCUUGGUUCUGAUUGUGAUGCCCCAGUUUGAUGUGCUCACCAACCUUUUCAUAUCUGGAGGAGUCUGCAUCGGCACUGCCUUAUUUCAUGCUUGCCUUCGUCUUCAGCUCCAAACCUGGAUGAUCAUCUUUCCUAUUUGCUCCAUUAUUCUAGUACUCACUGGCUACAGCCUGCUGGCUAUUGAUUACUAUGUGCGAAUAUCUUCUUACGUCUCAGACCAAGAGCAAGACUGUUACUACUAUGUUGCCCUCGCUAUUUUUGGCUCUCUUCUUAUCUCUUUUAACUGGUGGGAGAAUUCUCUACAGGCCAGCAAUGUAUCCAAGAUUCAAGAUAUGCUAAAUGAGUUAGAUGGCUUCAGAGAUUCUGUGUUCAUGAUCACCAGUCUCAUGAGGAUUGCUGUCACUGUUGGGGUGUACUUUCUUUAUUAUGGCCUAAUAGCUGAGACCCGUAUCAACUGGAAUGCUUUCACAGAAAUUACAGAAGAUACCCUUGAGAUAGGUCUUGGGGUGUUUUUCCUUCAAGCCUUCUGCUCUGCUGCCUGUCACUGGUUUGGGGUUGUGGCCUGCAAGAUCCAUGCAGUGAGGAUAAGCUUUGCCAUGCCAGUCUCACUGACAGGCCCUGCUACACUGAUUGUAGCCAUAAUACUUUUCCUGACUCAAGCAAGCACCUUGAAUGUGCCGCCAGAGACUUCAUACUUGUCUGAAGUGACAGGCAAUUACACACCAAUUGACAAUCCUUUUUUGGACUUUUGCUAUGGACUUGUGAAGCUGAAGGUCUCUAACAGCACUCCACUGAUCCUCCUGGAACUUUCCAACAGUAUUUGCAGAACAACAUUGAAUAGCCAUUAUGCAGUUUGGCCUUUCUCCAUUCUCGCACUUGAGGGUGUUUGCAUGUGGCUCGGGUUGAUUACGUGCACAUAUUAUGUUUGGAGCAUGAAGUUACCGCGAAUCGAGCGGACAUCCCAGCUCUUUGUGCGGCGGCUAUAUGAAUCUGCUUUCAUUGAUCAGUCUCUACUACUAAACAUCAAAAUGAAAGUGAAGAACCCAGAAAGCACUGAGCAUGUAGAGAACUGUGUCAUAUAUCUAUGUGCAACAAUGUGGCAUGAAACAUAUGAUGAGAUGCUUAAGAUCCUUACCUCAAUGUUCAGACUGGACAGGUACAGAGGUGAUCCAAAGGAAGACCACAGUGAUGUCUUUGACUUUGAAUGCCAUAUUUUUGUUGAUGAUGCCUUCAUGGAAGAAAAAGACACUGAGAACAAGUUGGUCAAUUCAUAUGUGGAAGAUCUAAUAAAUGUGGUCAUGGAAGUAUACAGAGUAUUCACAAACAAAGAGCCAGAUGAAGUCUCUAUCAUUGAAACUCCUUAUGGUGGCCGGAUUGCAUUUGUGCUACCUGAGGGAAAUAUGUUGUAUGUUCAUCUCAAGGACAAAAAGCUAAUACGAAACAAAAAGAGAUGGUCACAGAUAAUGUAUAUGUAUUAUCUCCUGGGCUGGAAAGGUUACAUAGUGAAAAAUCCCCAAAAAAUCACUAGACAGAACAAUGUAUGUCGUGCAAGUCUCAUAUCACUGGAUGGAGAGGCUUACCUCUUACCUAAUUUUGACAACGAUAGUAAAAGGAAACACAUAUCAGAUGACAACACGUAUAUCUUGGCUUUGGAUGGAGACACCGACUUCCACCCUUCUGCUGUGAUUUUACUGGUUGAUCGUCUUCGAAUGUAUGCUAAUGUCGGUGCUGCUUGUGGAAGAAUUCAUCCAACUGGAAUGGGGCCAAUGGUGUGGUAUCAGAAGUUUGAGUAUGCUGUGGGUCACUGGCUACAAAAAACAGCAGAGCAUGUGUUUGGGUGUGUACUUUGCAGCCCGGGCUGCUUCAGCCUGUUCAGAGGGUCAGCUCUAAUGGAUGACAAUGUGCUGAAGCGAUACACCACCAAGGCCACCAGAGCUUCUGAGUAUGUCCAAUAUGACCAAGGUGAGGAUCGCUGGCUUUGCACAUUGCUUCUCCAGCAGGGAUGGAGAGUGGAGUACAAUGCUGCCUCAGAUGCUUACACUAAUUCUCCUCAAGAAUUUAAGGAGUUCUACAACCAAAGGCGCCGCUGGGGUCCCUCUACGCUUGCAAAUACUUUAGACCUGUUGCACAGUGGAAAAGAAACCUCAAAGAGGAAUUCUUCCAUAUCUAUGCUCUACAUCUUCUACCAGAUCUUCACUGUGGCUUCUUCUAUUCUUGGACCUGCUUCUGUCACCUUGAUGGUAGCUGGGGCAUUCCAGUUUGUGUUUAGUAUUGAAGGAACUCUGUCCAUUAUCAUAGCUGUCAUACCACCAGUUGUUUACAUGCUAAUUUGUUUCUUCACCAAAUCCAACUUCCAGAUUACCAUUGCUGCCAUUCUCAGUGUUUUAUAUGCAUUUCUGAUGACAGCAUCUUUCUUCUCCAUUAUUGGUGACAUGGUGAAGGAAGGAACAUUCAUCACCCCUACUGGGUUAUUUCUGGUGUCCAUGACAGUCUUGUACCUGGUCACAGCAAUACUUCAUCCCCAGGAGUUUGGCAUGAUUGUCUAUGGGCUCAUGUACUUCAUAUGCAUUCCUAGCGGUUACCUUCUCCUUACUAUCUACUCCUUGGUCAACAUGAACAUAGUCUCCUGGGGCACUCGAGAAUCUAACAAAGAGAAGGAGCAGAAGAAGCACGUGGGAGUUUUGUGCAACCGCAACUGUAAACUCUGUUGCUGGGAUGUAAAUAUCAGCGUCACCCAAGAAACUGAAAACUUGAUGCUCCAGCAAAUCCAGCAAGCAGUUAAUCCAAAUGGUCCAUCGGCCAAAAUAGAAAAGGAGGUGACUCCACAGGGUGCUGAAGAAAGUUUAAGACCCUCUCAAACUGACAAUCACCCUACUGAAAAAAACAAAGAUGUUUCACUGAGGAUGGGAGACAUCAAGCGUCUGUCAAAUGACAAUGAACAAGAUACAAAAUCUCUGAACAGUACAAGUGACCUCAGCAUAGAUCAAAAAACUUACACAUCAUAUGAUGAGGAGGAGGAGGAGGAUGAGUUGGAUGCAUACGAUGACCAGAAGGAGCAAGAAAAGGAGGUUGUCCCAGAGAGUAAUUGGGUUGAACCAGUGAAAACAGUAUUCCUGAGGAAGCUGACCUAUGCGAAUCUAAAGAGGAACCUCCAGGAGCAGAUUAGAUACACCCUCAGAAACAAGGACCAGGAUGACCUGUGUGAGGAGCUGGUGCUCAUGCUAACUGACACACUCAAUGAAGAGUUAAGGGACAAAGUGGGCCCGGAGGAUAUUUUGUCAGACAGCCAACUGGAAGAACUACAGGAUGCACUCAAUGAGUCAGCAAGGAGGAUCCUGAAGACCAACCGCAUGCAAAUCAGCCGCAUGAAAAGGCUGGAGGCAAGAGUCAAGCGAGCCAUUGAGAAAACCCUGGUGGCCCCCCAGGUUACAAGACUGACUGUAGAUGAGACAGACUUCUGGAAUAAGCUGAUAGAGCGCUACCUGAAACCGAUAGAAGAUCCCAAAAGCCAUCUAGAGCAAGUGGAAAGGGAACUGAAAUCCCUACGGAACAAGGCAGUAUUUCUGUACUUUAUUUUGAACGUCUUAUGGGUCGUGGCCACAUUUUUUCUUCAAGCCAUUGGCAAUGAUGUAAUUAGCAUCAAGAUUCCUAAAUAUUUGCCCAAUGGCAGUUUGGCUGAUGAACCUUUGAGGGUGGAACCUCUAAGUUUAAUGUUCCUGCUGUCUUUCGCCGUACUACUGUUGAUCCAGUUUCUGGCUAUGCUUUACCACAGAGUGUACACCUUCAUCCAUGUGUUAGCCUACAGAGGCUCGGAGAAGGACUACACAGAAAAGGAUGCUGAUGAGGAAGCAAUGAUCUUGGAGAAUCAAAGUGCAAAUGAUCUUGUCAUAACCAGUGAUGACCUGUGAUGAAGAGAUGAGCAAUUUGAGUUUAAUUAUGACUGCACUCUUGUAAUGACACUUUUAGGGUACAAGUUUUAUUGUACUAAAAAUGCAAAUUUAAAUCCAGCUGAAAGGAAAAAUAAUACAAUGACUCAAGUAUGUGCAAUAAAUUAUGUGUACUGUAUUUAUACUUAUAUUCUUUUAUGGUGAAGGCAAAAAGGAAAGUGGUAGCUGAAAGACAUCUCUCUAGUACAAUAUCUGUUUGUGCUAAAAUUGUCAAAGUAAUUUUUCUUUUUUUUAAAAAACAAACAAACAAAACCUUUAUAUCAAGCUUCCCUGAAAGAACAGAACUAUUCAAUGAAUAAUAAAGCGAUAAUAUCAAAUAAUCAUUUACAUGCAAGAGCUGCCAACUCUUGUUUGUGACUAGGCUUGGCUUAUUGGUGCUGUAAACUAUAACCAAAAUCACAGCUUCCUGAAAGUGGUUUGUCAUCAUUAUAAAAGUACAAGGUCACCAGUUCCACGAUAUAUAAAUUUUUUUUUUUUUUUGUUCUGUGUACAAAAAUAAAGCUGUAAUUUCUCCAGUUUGUUUACUGCCAUAUUAGGCUUAGUAAUGCAAUCCUACUAACAAACUGUAAUUUUUUUAUGAUCCGUACCAAAUGUAAUCAUUGUUUGGCUCUAUAACUGUCAUGGUAGUUUUUAUACUUUAACUAAAUGGUUCCACUGCAUGUCUGUGUAAAUGAUUAUUACAUACAAAUUGUCUUUUUCUUUUUCAAUCCAGAUAUUAUGCAAUUGGGAGGGCACCUGACAUAACAUCAUUGUGUUUGAAAGUGAAGUUUGUUUACAAGUUUCAGUAUUUGUGGUGUGGAACAGUUAAAAAAAAAACAACAACAAUGAUUUUGUUCUUAAAUGCAGCAAAACACAUUCCGUGGAAAAUGCUAGAUAUAUGAGUGUUAAAUAUGAAUGUUGUGAUUCUUAAUAUAUAAAAAUAUUAUGCACAAAUGA